CUGGGAAAGCACCAGAAGAGGCAGCUCACAGCGGAGUGGUAAACAUACGAGAGGCAGGACUGACGGCAAAUCGCUCAGCCUCCUCUAAACACACACUCACACUCACACUCACACACACAGAACUCAAGACCUAUAACUGGCAUCUGGAGAGGAACAACUACAACUUUUUUCGCUGUGUCUGUGAGUUGUGUUCUUCUUUGGAGUAGCGAGAGGAUAAGGAGGAGCAGAAGAGCUCACAGCUGCAUGUUUCAUGUUUUGGAUUUCACAGAAAGAGAAGCGAGAUUUCUCUUCUGUAUGACGCCUUCUUUUUUUAAUCUCUCAUCCUCCCACUGGUGCGAGAAGAAAAAGGAACGUUUCUGCAGAAAUUAGCCGGAGGAAAAGAAGCCACAGAAUGAGCAACAGAGCUGAGUAGAUGAGUGUGUGUGGAGUGGGAAACCUGCCUGUGAGCCGAGAGGAGUGAAGUGAAGUGGACAGGAUGCUGACUUCUUUGAAAAUCUGAUCUGCGUACUCGGGGCCGGCUGUGGGCGGCAGACAGCUGGGGCAGUGAUUCACAAAACCCGACUUGGCGUGAAAACAAAGGCAUGCUACAACUACAGAGGAGGCUCGAGCAGCACGAGAGGAGCCGAUGAACGAAGAAGAGAGACAGUGAGCUCAUGUGGGAAACUCAAGGCUUUGUUUACUUCACGGGAAAUUGAGUUUGCCGUUUGAGCGAGGAAUCAAAUGGGAGUGCUUCUGUGGGUGAAAGGAGUCGACGUCAAGGAUCUGACAUCUGGAAAGACUUCUGCCGGUGUUGGAGGUACAAAAGGAGCAGUAAUGGGCUAAACUGAUCGACACGAGGCUCGAGGAUGUCAUGCUGAACGCUCUGCAAGGCUGGUGUUUCGUCUGGCUGGAGUAACGCACCUGCUCCUGCUCUCUCUUUCAUUUUUCAAACAUCUGGAUGAGAAUUACAGCGACUAAACUUUGACCGAACACUUUUACAUUGUUCUACCCACCACUGCCUGCAGUAUCUUUAGAUGAAGUGCUAAAAAAAACCCUCCUUUGUGUCACUUUAAAGCCUGGAGGCAGAGCAGACAAACAGAGCAGACUUGGUUUGUUUACAGCCGCACACCUGGACCACACAAUCUGAGCUUUUUUCCAUGUUUGAUCUCUAUACGGCUGCUGUGCUGGCAGGUGGAUGCUCAUGCAAUCCUUUCAUUCAAUGUUAACCUGGUUACACAGGAAACUGAUCGCACAGGAGUACAAGCUGGAAGCAUAAUUCAGCUGGAGUCAGCAUACACGCCAGCACUGUGGCAUUUUGUUUUUACCUUGUAGCUUUAAUGCAACAAAGCUAACAAGCUGUCAGAUGUGAAGUGAUCGCAUACUGGUUUAAAUAUUUUACACACUCGCCCCUGGCAGGAGCACACGCAGAAGAAAAGACUUUUACCACAUGUUAUCGGGGAAUGAAAGUACAGGAAUGCAGAGUGUGGCGUGUUUUUCAGGACUCUUUAAAAUCAGAUGAUUCAAGAUGUGAAACAGAAAGCAGCUGUUUGAGAGAGGUUUCAUUGAAGCAGACAGAAGCAGGCUCACACACAGACACACAGGUCUAAUGGUGGCAGCAUGUUGUACAUCUCUUCUUACUCGGGUUUCCUGCAGGGUGCGGUGGCACCAGCUGUUGCAGCAUCACCGUCGUGGUGCUAUGUUGCUGCGCUGUUAGUGUGUCUGCAGCUCCCCCAUCUGAGCCCGGCACAGCCCACUAUCUGCCUGACCCAGGGCUCUUCCCAGGCAGGUGGAUGUCUCUGUGCCUCUGAUAUCCUCAGCUGCACCGGUGGGGGUCUGGAGCAGGUCCCUGAUGAGAUGCCGGUCUCUGCUGUCACUCUGGACUUUAGUCACAACAGGAUAGUUCAGCUGGAGGGGGGCAGCUUUGAAGGCCUCUACCGAUUGGAGACAUUACGAUUGGCACACAAUCAGCUGACAACUAUUCACCCCGGGGCAUUUCGAAACAUCUCUGGGACUCUACUGCGACACCUGGACCUGUCCUCCAAUCAGCUCCGUGUUCUGGAGCAGCAUUACUUCCUGGAUUUGCUCGGAUUGGAGGAACUGCUGCUGUUUAACAACCGGAUCGUCCAUGUGGAGAGUCGAGCUCUGGCAGGAUUGGGCAGCCUCCGUAAGGCCUACCUCAGUCACAACCGUCUCACUGACUUCCCCUUUUUCUCCAUUCAAGAGCACAACCACCCUCACCUCUCCCUACUGGACCUGUCCUCGAACCGCCUGCCCAAACUGCCCCUGGAGGAUAUAUCAAACCUACCUGUCUUAGUCCAGAAAGGACUCUACCUUCACAACAACUCCCUGGUGUGUGAGUGCUCGAUGUACGCACUGUUCCAGCACUGGGAUCAGCGGAACUUCACCUCUGUGACGGACUUCAGACGGGAGCACACUUGUCUGGUCUACGGGAUCCAGAAAGGUACGGUACGCUUCUUCCAGCAUAACCGCAUCUUUGAAAAAUGUGACCUGACCCUGAUGAGCGGGCUGCUGAGGUAUCAGGAGAGCAGUGUUGCAGUGACGGCGGGGACGGCACUGUUGCUUCACUGUGUCACCACACUCACCGGGCAGCACGUGACCUUUCUCUGGGUGUCGCCAAAUCAGGAGUACGUGGCACCGCCCGGGAACAACGGAUCAUUAAAGAUGUAUCGCAACGGCAGCUUGGAGAUUGUGGCAGCGAGUGCAGAGGACUCUGGGAUCUACUGGUGCAUGUCUCUGGACCAGCAGCACCAGCGCAAUGAGACGCUUGAGGUGAACGUCACUGUAGUACUGCAACACGACAACGUGCCGCUGGAGUCCUUCAACACCGGGUUCACCACCCUGCUGGGCUGUGUGGUGAGCCUGGUGCUGGUCCUCAUGUACCUGUACCUGACACCCUGCCGCUGCCCUCCCUGUCGGAGGGCCUCCACCCAGACCACAACCACCCCGAGCCAGGGGAAUGAGGCCGGGGCCGGGAGCGCCCAGUCCUCCAUCCUCACUCCCACCCCGCCUGCCACUACGGAGGGCCCAGGUCGCAAGGUUAGUACCAACAAACAUGUGGUCUUUCUGGAGCCAAUCAGAGAGCAGCAGAAUGGCAGACUCAGAGCUGGGGCCAUGAUGCAAGGACACCUGGGGCCGGGUCUACUGCUAGGGCCAGAGCAGCCGACUAAACCCCAAAACCAGUCGCAGCAGAGGGCAGGGGAGACGGACUCCAUCAUGUCCGUCUUCUCAGACACUCCCAUCAUGCUGCCAUGACAAACAGAGACACAGACUGGCACCACCUCUCCCUCACUUCCAUCCUCCCUGUUUCUCUGGUUAACUCCUCACCCCACCCCCCCCUUGCACCCAGCACUCCACCUGAGCAGACCAAUAAUCCAACACUGACUUUUACAACUUAGCUUUUCUUUGCAAGGCUUUGAGGCUUUUUAACUGCCUGAUGAAACAAGUGCAAUUUCAAGAGAUUCAAUACUGUUGAAUACCAAAUAAAUGAAGUAUGUUAUUGUUUGCCCGGGUCUGUCCACUUAGCCCUACAGCCAUGAACCAGUGCACUGUGACGGGAUGGGCUCACAGAGAGUAACAGGGUAGGGAUGGUGGUGACUGAGAGGACGCAGCAAAGAGCAACCAGAGACAAGUACAGACCUGUCAGAACAAAAACAAACCAAAAAUAGAACGAUGUCUGAACGCUGCUUCAAAGCCUGAGACGAAGUUAAAGACGGAAAUUGCAGAAACACUUCGGAGAGGACGUUCUCCUGCCGACAUGAUGCGUAUGGAUGGGACUGAGAGUGCUCCAGGCUGUCCCUUUAAGCACGGCUUGUACCUUUAAAAAACAUUCGCUACAGAUGCCUUCCUGUCUCCAACAGAGAUGUAUAGACAGAAAAAAAACAUGUUUGUAGAGCUUUUUAGCAUUUCCUUCUUUUGUCGUCAGUCGAUUAGAGCCAAACCGAACUGCAUAGUGUAGCUCUGUCAAAUGUGAGAUGUUUUAGAGUAGACAAGUUAGACAGGAAGAAGAUCUUUUAGUGAGUAAAAAUAGAUUAAAGGACAAGGUUUGAUUCUGAACUCCCGUCCCCCUCCUCCUCCUCUUUCCUGGAGCUUGAUUACUGUCAUCAUCAUCAUCAUCAGUCAGAGCAGAAGUUCAGGGAAACAAAAGGGAUUAAAUAAAUAAAUAAAUGCAAAACACGGUGGAGUUAUUAAUGCAGAAGGAGAUCUUAGAGAGAACAUCUGAACAGGUUUAUCGAUACUCAUUCAUUCUGAGACAAUAACGGAUCACAGAGAGAGGACAGGUUUGUUUGUGUGUUGAAUAUUCAGCAGGACUGUCAGGACAAUCAGGGCAGACGUGUUUUUGUUCGUAUUGUCUUCACUGUAUUCACUGCAUCUCCCCUCCUAGCACUUCCCCCUCCUCCUUUAAUAAACCUCUGUAUCUGGAGCGUCUG